AUGCCACCAACGUUUACGGUCUGGGACACCACGCCACUUCCGUUUGUGCUGACGGUGGCUCCCAUGUCGCGACCCAACCACGAUGUCGACUCGUACCCGUCCUCGGGGACCUAUGGUCAGCAGCUCGGAGUAGGGUACACGCAGCCUUCCACUCGUGACACCGGGUCGGGCCCUGGGGCGGAUACGCGGGUGGUUACUCAGGUCGAACGAAUCCUCCCGCACCUCGGUGAUCAUGAUAUGGUGGACCCUUCGGGGGCUGAGGUGACCCUCCGAGACCUCCUAGUGGUGGAGGAUCCGGACAUGGAGGAUACGGAGGGUACUAAGGUGGUCCUCCUGGCCCUCCGGGAGGCGGAUCCGGAGGAGACGGCACUGGUCCCGGAUAGCCCAACUCACCCUUGGAGCCCCGUUCGGUUUCACGUGGUUAAUGCUCGAAAAAACGCGGCCAAUGGCAUCGCGACGAUGCUCCCCGGAGCAGCAUGUAAUGCGAAAGCUCGCGACUUUCUUGUCAUCGAAGGCUCGUAUUACUUCCUGCGCACCCCAUGA